GGACGCGUAGCUUCGAUAGACUGCCCGCUAAGCGCUAAACAGUGUUUAUUGAUCAGUGCCUACAAUCAGGUGAACAAUAACUAGGCAGGUCUGAGGAUGUCUAAACAUGGUUUCUGUAUGCACUAAUUUAGCAACAAACAAAACACGCCUUUGUCAUCUGUCAGGCGACACUUGUUGCUAAUGCACCAGGCAGUGCUUGUGAAGCCCAUCUGUGUUGCGGGCAGUGAGCUUGUCUUUCCGGGUCGCGCUCUGUGCUGGUACAGCUGUUGUUACUGCUGACCUGACUGAGACACAAGACAGACAAAAACAGAAGAGGGGGAGAUAGCUAGAGAUAGAGGGGGGAGAGAGUGUCAAAGGAAAGCUGCAUACGGAAACAGAUAACAUGGAAUAAACUAAAAUCAGGAACACAGUGAUCAGGCUGGGAUUCAAGUAUACAUCUACUGGAGGACUCGGAUAAGAUUGUGACGAGAAGCAUGUUGCUAAUUUGCAUAUUGACCGGCUGAAGAGGAGUGGACAAGCACGUGCCAGCAGCACUGAUCGCAAGCUUAACUAUGGGGAACACUGCGACUAAGUUUCGCAAGGCACUUAUUAAUGGAGACGAGACCCUGGCCUCGCAGCUCUACGAGAGCAACCCGCAGUUCAAGGAGUCCCUGGAUCCAAAUACCUCAUACGGAGAACCCUAUCAACACAACACUCCAAUGCACUAUGCUGCUCGACAUGCCAUGAGUCGACUGCUCAGAUUGUUUCUCUUCAGCAAGGAUGGCAACCCCAACAAGCGCAACGUGCACAACGAGACAGCAAUGCACCUGCUGUGCAUGGGGCCGCAGAUCAUGCUGGCAGAAGGGGCGCUGCACCCCCGUCUUGCACGACCCUAUGAGGACGAGCACAAGAGGGCAGAGUGCCUGCAGAUGAUCCUCAAGUGGACAGGGGCCAAGCUAGCUCAGGGAGAGUACGAGAGAGCCGACGUCAAUGCCACAGACAACAAGAAAAACACCUCUUUGCACUACGCUGCUGCCUCAGGGAUGAAAACAUGUGUAGAGUUUUUAGUGAAAAAUGAUGGAGACCUGUUUGCAGAAAAUGAGAAUAAGGACACCCCAUGUGACUGUGCAGAAAAGCAGCACCAUAAAGAACUGGCCCUUAGCCUGGAGUCUCAGAUGGUCUUCUCUAGGGAUCCUGAAGCUGAUGAUAUAGAGGCAGAAUAUGCUGCUCUGGAUAAGAGAGAGCCAUUCGAGGGCCUGAGGCUUCAGGAACUCCGCAGACUGAAAGAUAUGCUGAUAGUGGAGACGGCAGACAUGCUCCAGGCGCCUCUCUUCACUGCUGAAGCCCUGCUCCGAGCACAUGACUGGGACAGGGAGAAGUUGCUUGAAGCAUGGAUGUCUAAUGCUGAGGACUGUUGCCAGCGUUCAGGUGUUCAGAUGCCCACCCCUCCCCCGACAGGGUACAAUGCCUGGGACACCCUGCCAUCCCCCCGGACCCCCCGCACCACCCGCUCCUCUGUCACCUCCCCUGACGAGAUCAGCUUGUCACCCGGCGAUGAGGACUUGCCUAUGUGUGGCAUCUGCAUGUGCAAUAUUACUGUGUUCGAAGACCCAGUGGACAUGGCUUGUGGACACGAGUUCUGCAGGGCAUGCUGGGAAGGGUUUUUGAAUCUGAAGAUCCAGGAAGGAGAAGCCCAUAACAUCUUCUGCCCAGCCUAUGACUGUUUCCAGCUGGUUCCUGUGGACGUCAUAGAGAGCGUGGUCUCCAGAGAGAUGGACAAGCGCUACCUGCAGUUUGACAUUAAGGCUUUUGUAGAAAACAACCCUGCCAUUAGGUGGUGUCCCACAGCAGGCUGUGAAAGAGCAGUUCGGCUAACAAGGCCGGGGACUGGUAUCGCUGGGUCUGACUCACUAAACUUCCCUUUACUAAGAGCACCUGCAGUCGACUGUGGAAAGAGCCACCUCUUCUGCUGGGAGUGUCUAGGAGAAGCCCAUGAACCCUGCGAUUGCCAAACCUGGAAGAUGUGGUUGCAGAAAGUUUCAGAAAUGAAACCAGAAGAACUAGUCGGCGUGAAUGAGGCUUAUGAAGAUGCAGCCAACUGUUUGUGGUUACUCACCAACUCCAAACCCUGCGCCAACUGCAAGUCUCCAAUUCAGAAGAAUGAGGGCUGCAACCACAUGCAGUGUGCCAAGUGCAAAUAUGACUUCUGCUGGAUCUGCUUGGAGGAGUGGAAGAAACACAGCUCCUCCACUGGAGGGUAUUACCGCUGUACCCGUUACGAGGUCAUCCAGCAGGUCGAAGAGCAGUCCAAGGAGAUAACAGUCGAGGCUGAGAAACAGCACAAGACCUUUCAGGAACUUGACCGAUUUAUGCACUAUUAUACAAGGUACAAGAACCACGAGCAUAGUUACCAGUUGGAACAACGUCUACUAAAAACAGCCAAAGAAAAGAUGGAACAGCUGAGCAGAGCCCUCAGUGGAGCAGAAGGAGGCCCUGAUACCACCUUCAUUGAAGAUGCAGUCCGUGAGCUCUUGAAAACUCGGCGUAUCCUCAAGUGUUCUUAUCCGUACGGAUUCUUUCUUGAACCAAAAAGCACAAAGAAGGAAAUAUUUGAGCUUAUGCAGACUGACUUGGAGAUGGUAACGGAAGACCUUGCUCAGAAAGUCAACCGGCCUUACCUCCGCACCCCUCGCCAUAAAAUAAUAAGAGCAGCAUGCCUUGUUCAGCAAAAAAGACAGGAGUUCCUGGCCUCUGUGGCCCGUGGCGUUGCCCCUAAUGACUCUCCUGAAGCUCCACGGCGCAACUUUGCUGGAGGGACCUGGGACUGGGAAUACUUAGGUUUUGCAUCGCCUGAGAUCCUGAGGAAUCAAUCAGUACUUGGAGGGAAUGAUCAAAGCGAAAACUAUCAAAAUGCAGGAUUCCAGCAGCAGGAAUAUGCUGAGUUUCAGUACCGCCGGAGACACAGGCAGCGGCGCCGUGGAGACAUGCAUAGUCUGCGCAGCAAUACUCCAGAUCCUGAUGACCCCAGCGAGAGCACUUUAGAUACCCAGGAGGGUGGAAGCAGCUGGAGACACGGUACCUCCAUGGUGAGUUCUGCUUCUAUGAGUAUUCUGCAAAGCUCUUCACUUCAUGACUAUACCCCUGUUAGUCGCUUUGAAAACCAAGACUUGCCGCAGGCUCUGAGCUCUCUUGAUGAAGAUGACCCGAAUAUUCGCCUAGCCAUCCAGCUCUCACUGCAGGAGUCCGGGCUGGCCAUGGGCAGAGAGGCCCAAGAGUUCCUCAACAAUGAAGCCUCAUUGGGGGCCAUUGGCACUUCCCUGCCCUCCCGGCUGGACCCAGCCCCCCGGAGCAUGGAGGUCCCCAGGGCGGCUCUGAGCAGCUCUGAGCUGCUGGAACUGGGUGACAGUUUGAUGAGGCUGGGGGCUGUGAGCAACCCCUAUGCUGGGGACCACUUUGACAACCUGCGCCGUUUCGGGGAGGAUCCUGGGGGGCUUUUCUCUUCCUCCAGCGACACAAACUCCACAAGCUACGAUCCUUCUGUGAAUGCAAACCUCCUGGGGAACAUCAUGGCCUGGUUUCAUGACAUGAACCCUCAGAGCAUAGCACUUAUCCCCUCCAUGCCCUCAGAAACAGACCUGGACUCGCAGCCUCUCAGCACUGCAGAAGAAGUGGAGCCCUCCAAAACAGAGGAGGUGCCUCAGACCCAGGAGGAAGAACAUGUCCUCUUUGAAGCCGCAGCUGUCAAUGAAGGUAACAGGGCUGCCCAAGUAGAAGAGGGUGCUGUUCAGGAGACCACUGGUGCACGGGAUUCAGAACCAGGACAUGAAGACCCCCACUGUAGCGCAGAACUUAGUCUAACAAGCACGUCAGAAUGUGAUCCCAGUUCCAAUCCUCAAAUUAGUACCAGUAGUACUACUACGCCUGAAUGGGAGGAGCAGGUCCACCUGGUUUGAACAUGCCAGACAGAGAUGUAGCUGACCUGUAUAAUCAUAAACACUUUGAUUGGCUUUUUUUCUUUUUAAUAGCACUACAGACAGUUUUUCACUUCUUUGUAGAAGGGAAACGAGAUAAUGUGGAAUUGCAGAAAAAGAAUCGUAGCCCUAUAGAUACCAUGAUGAAGUCCUUUUAAUAUUUUGUGGGUAAUUACAGGCCAUAAAUAGCAAACUAUAAGUCUGAUCAGUUCCAGUCCAUAUACAAAUAACAGUAGCAGAUUUUGUUUUUUUGUUAAAAAGCACUUUCAUCAAUGACAAAAUUCAAAAAUGUUGGAUUUAAAGAAUGUUGAUAUUCUCAAACAUGUAAUAGAUUAGGCUUUUAAAAUAAAAUAACAAACAAUACUUUGUACAUGAACAGCAUUGCAGCAAUCCACUAUUGUCUUUUUUUAAUGCAAGCAUAUUGAGUGAUGUGAUCAGACAGCUUGAUUGGAAAGUGAACCGCUGGACGGGAGCUGAUGAUGCUGCCUUGCAGUGCUGUAUGCGCAGUAAUCAAAGAGGUGGGUUGGUCUUGUUUGUACAAAAAACGAGAUCUGCCUGUGUUCUACCAAAAGGUGCCAAACUGUAAUCAGUGGAAGCAUACUUCACUAGUUUUAUCAAAUGCAAGUUGUGCCUGCAUUGCUGUGACCCAAUCAGUCUUUUUGCGUAUACCAUUUUAACAAUAUAGUUACCAGUGACUCUGUGUUACACGCUCUACAAGGUCUGCUGUCAGUUCUUUUAAUUUAAAGUUGCUGAUUCAAAUAAAUCAAAGUAGAAACUUCAGCCACAGAGGCACUAUUGAUAGACAGACACUUUAUUAGAAGUUCAGUCAGUUCCCUUUACUCAGUUAGAAAAGUAUUUUUGCACUAAGUGCCAUUGGUAAUUUGAAAAACAAAGCUUAAGCAACUCUGCAAUAGGAAGCUGUUCUUCACAGUCUAAAUAAGAUGCAACAGUUAUCUUUAACGGAUGUUCUACACAAUCCAUUGCCGUGCCUUUUUGUAAAUCCAUUUUAAUUAUCCCACAUUUCAUUAAUAUUACCUGAUGCAUGCGUGCAGACUGAACAAAGUCCUGUAUAAAUAAAUAAAUAAAAUAAAAUAAAAUAAUUUAUGUGGUGCAUUUGUCAACAAAAUCAGUGUCCAAAUAAAUGUACCAAUUUUUUAUUGCUUUUUUUUUUUUUUUUUAAACCUCUUUUGGUCCUGUUCUGUUUUUUUUUUUUAAUGCAUUGAAUAUAGCAUACAAUUUUUACAUGAAUAUAGCCAAAUGCAUCAUGGUCGCUGUUGGUUAACUCAGUGAAAUGGUUUCUUUUGGAUUUUAUUGGAAACAUUGUUUAUGCUCUGUUUUUAAUUUUUUAAUUUAUUUUUUUGGUUGUUAGGUUGAGGUAUGACAGUUGAAAAGAAAGCUUACAUUUAAAUGGAUAAUGUGUAAGUACAUAGCUGCAAGUGCAUACUUUGAUGUUGGAGGUUAAAAGAAGAACACUGGCAAUGCAGGAAGUGGCUUAAAUGCUGGCUCAUUAUUAAUUAAUUGUACUUGGCAAUUGAAAGUCCCUGAUAUCUUAAUAGCAAAUCAAGCUUGAAGCAUAUUUGGCCAUAAAAUGUAAUUGGAUCGAUUGCUUUCUUUUUACAAUAUUGAAAUUUAAGACACAAUUUUCUCGGUUUCACUGUUAAAAUGGUUCUUUCCCUAAAUGAGUGUGUGACGUGUUUAUUGCGAAAUAAAAUCGUUGCAAAAAGAGUUGUAUUGCAUUGAAUUAUGUCUUGCAAAGUAAAGCUGUGUAAGAGUGCUGUAUAUGGAGUUAGUGAACUUUGUGGGACUUUUGUAACCAUUGUUUAAGUUGUGGAGUUUAACCAUUGUCUACUUCUGUGUAGCGGUAUUCUGUGCAUGAAAAAGUAGGUCAUAUUAAAUUACAUUUGUAUUUUCUUGUUGCAGAGUUUUAAAAUGUGUCAUGGCAAAUGACUGAAAAUUGGCAAACCUAUUUUGUAACCCAGUUAAAUUUUAUAUUGUAAAAAGCAACUUAAGCUUGAAAUGCUAUUUGCACUUUCAUAGUCUAUACUUGAUACAUUCCCAGUUUAUAUAUGGAAAUAAGUAAUGUUUGAUGUCUGGCCAAUUAAUGAAAGUAUCAGUUAAGUUUUACUCGUAAUAAA